CUUCCCUCUCUCUCUAUUCCCAUUCCUCCUCCCCCUACCGCCCUCUUCCCGCACCCCCCUCUCGCGGUUCUUACAGUCCCCUGGAUCUCACGACGCCGCCGCCCGCCGUCAACUCAAUUUCUUCCCCUCAGGCCCGUCUUCCGUUUCACAAUUGACAUCUUCCCUCUCCAGGGGCUCGUUCCGUCAAGAUGGCCGACAUGUCCGGCGAACAGAUGCAGGCUAAGAUUACCGCGGCUAGGCGCGAAGCUGAAGGCCUGAAGGACAAGAUCAAGCGCAGAAAGGAUGAGUUGGCCGAUACAACUCUCCGUCAAGUCGCGCAGAACCAAACUGAAACCUUGCCUCGUAUUGGUAUGAAGCCCCGGCGGACGCUCAAGGGACAUUUGGCCAAGAUCUACGCCAUGCAUUGGUCGACCGACCGCCGUCAUCUCGUCUCCGCCUCUCAGGACGGAAAGCUCAUCAUCUGGGACGCCUACACCACGAACAAGGUCCAUGCGAUCCCGCUGAGGUCAUCAUGGGUGAUGACCUGUGCCUAUGCCCCGAGUGGAAACUACGUCGCCUGCGGUGGUCUCGACAACAUUUGCUCGAUCUACAACCUCUCCUCUCGUGAGGGUCCGACCCGUGUCGCGCGUGAGCUCUCCGGACACUCCGGCUACCUUUCUUGCUGUCGGUUCAUCAACGAUCGCAGAAUCAUCACGUCUUCCGGCGAUAUGACUUGCAUGCUGUGGGAUAUCGAAUCGGGCUCGAAGGUCACUGAAUUCGCUGAUCACCUUGGCGACGUGAUGUCGAUCAGCAUCAACCCGACAAAUCAGAACGUUUUCGUUUCGGGCGCCUGCGAUGCCUUCGCCAAGCUGUGGGAUAUCCGUACCGGAAAGGCGGUGCAAACUUUCGCUGGACACGAAUCCGACAUCAACGCCAUCCAGUUCUUCCCCGACGGAAACGCUUUCGGAACCGGUUCUGACGACACCUCCUGCCGUCUGUUCGACAUUCGUGCGGAUCGCGAACUCAACACCUACCAGAGCGACCAAAUACUGUGCGGUAUCACCUCCGUGGCCUUCUCCGUUUCUGGCAGAUUGCUUUUUGCUGGUUACGAUGACUUCGAGUGCAAGGUCUGGGAUGUCCUGCGCGGAGACAAGGUUGGAUCCCUGAGUGGUCACGAGAACCGCGUAAGCUGCUUGGGAGUCAGCAACGAUGGCAUCAGCUUGUGCACUGGAUCCUGGGAUUCUCUGCUCAAGGUCUGGGCCUGGUAAAAAAGCAAAACGAACAAAAACAGCAAAGAUACCCUGUCUCAGUCUUUUGCGACGUCCUCAUUCCAUGUUUCUUUUUUCCUUUUUCUGCGCCACUAGGCUAAAUGUCCGCCAUUGUACGAUAAUCUUUUUCACCGGGAGCAAAUCUUGUCGCCCU